AUGCUUCUCCGCUCGUGGGAAAGGAGAGCUGAGGUUCAACGGGCACUGUUCAAUCGACUGCCUGUGCCUCAUAGAUUUAUGAUGUUUCUGACGACAGUCUUGGUCUCUGACGGUCUCAGGAGAAUGAUGGGUGCUAGAGAGGGCCUCUUGAAGUUUAUUCUCGGUCCUCUCGACUGGACUUUGAGUUGGCUACUCCCAACAUCUCUUGUAGAGGGCGAUUCUGAGAAACCCAUCGAGAAUUCGUCAAAUGCCUCUGUUCCUGCUCCUGCCUCUACCUCUACCCCUGCCUCUGCUCCUGCAUCUACCUCUACCCCUGUCUCUGCUUCUGCCUCCAACGCAGCAACCAGCCAAGAUCAUGUCGAGCUACCCGAAUCGCCUGAGUUUGCCCAAGACUUGGUCCCGUCCAACGCAACGCUGCAUGAGACUGCUAUUUCUCAAGAUGCUUCGCAGGCGUUGGCGGGUCAUGCGAACUCUGCUUGGUUUGACCCGAGCAUGAUGACUGAGGGAUUCUCCUGGUGUCCGGAUUUGACAAUGGCAGAUCCCACUUUCACACUGCCCGUAAUAUUCAGCGGUACUUUUUUCGCCAGCAUAUACUUCUCACCUCGCAUAGCUGGUGCAGCAAGCGCAAAUGACGGAGAGCGAGCGAAACCAACAAAUAUCCAGAGGAUUGGAAUGACGCUCGCCAUGCUAUCUAUCAUUCCGGCUUCCCAGAUGCCCGCUGGACUUUUGCUCUACUUCAUCACCAAUAUGGCCACGAAUAAUGUACAAGCGCGUUGGCUGACCUACACAAAACCCAUAUAUCCGGCACCCACAGCUUGCGCGCGACCUGUUAGAAUGCAGCGUUCCAAGGAGAUUGCAAAGGACAUGCUUCCCAACAAGGCAAGCCCAGCUCUAAAACGUCAAGGCUAGAUGUCUUUGAUCAGCGUUCUGAACAUUGCACCCAUAUUAUCAGGCUUCUCAUCUUGUCGACAAUAUAUCUUCAGGCCAAAAGCAGUUUUUGGACAUGUACGCUACCACACUGUAUUUCUAGAGCAUACUGUACAGUAUGCAAAAAUCAACGAUCAUUAUGACCCACUGCUCAUUGGUAUUAGUCGCAACAG